CUCAAGUUGACAGAUGACUGGCGAAGCCCCGAAGAUGGAGCGCCAGCCAAUCACCUUCCCCAAGGAGCUGAACCUUUUGGCCACGGCGGUCAUCAGUUCAGCUCCGCAUCUGACAGCACCGCGGAAUGCUGCGCAAAGUUCGCAGAUGAGACGGCCCUCCGGAUCGGGAUCCUUCAGCGCCGUGCCACAUGGUGCUGCGCCCGGCGCGGGCGGCGCGGGCGGCGCGGGCAGCUAUGCUGCAGGCGCUGUCCCUCCGGCCACGGUGAGCGGCUACAGCGAGCAAAGAGGCCCACCACCCGGCGAGGACUCCGACGACGACUUGGCUGGCUGGGAUCGCUGAGGCGACAGACGUUCUGCAGCAAAACGGGCCUCCCAGCCUGGCACCUCGGUGAAGCGGUUUCCGCGCAUGGGUGGCGGUGCUACUGGGGAUGGUUCAUCCAAGCGAACAUGGUUGAUCAGGCUACAGUCAUCGAAAGACUCAAAGAAACAACAACCUACGUUUUCAAUCUUUGUCCG